AUGGCUGAUCCCUCACGACCGGUGACCGCGACGCCAAAUGCGAGGGCGACGGUCCCGCAGACGCCCCAGGAAUGGCUCGCCCACCGCGCCAUCAUCACGCAUUUAUACCGCGACCGGGAGCUGCCGCUCAAGGAGGUCCAGAGGAUCAUGGAGCGAGAGUAUCGCUUCAAGGCGACAAAACGCAUGUACAACACCCGCUUCAACCAGUGGAACAUACGCAAAAACUACCGCGCCGAGGAAAAAGACCUGCUCGCCGCGCGCAUCGCCCAGGCGCACCUCCAGAACCGGCCUGCCUCUCAAAUCACCUUCGAGGGCCGUCCGGUCAAGUUGCACCGCGUGCUGAGACAUUUCCGGGAUCCGAAGCGUGGGGUGGGGCCGGUUCGUGUGCGGCCGAAGCAGAGGGUUCACGGGACACAUUUUGAAGACGACGACAGCGAGCAGCAGGAUUCUUUCCCUUCGUCCAAUUCUGGCGGAGACGACGACAUGGUUCGCGUCCCUGUGAGACCUUCGGAGGUAUCCAGUGCCACACCCGCUGGAUCGGGGAAUACGACUUCCCUCUCACUGACGCCUUCGUCGUCGCAAUCCGACCGCGCCAGACAGCCUGACGACUUACCUAUCGAAACACCAACUCUGACCCCAACCCCAAGUCCACCGAUUCUCCCACCCAAGAACCAGUUCAACGCAGAACUCAUCCUGCAGCAGACGCGGACGUAUUACCUCAAAGCUGUGGACCCCUCGACGGCAGAAUUCGUGUCCAUCGACAAUAACGGCCACGCCACGGCGUUUUGGUCCAACGUCAAGUCCGGCAUCUACUUUCUGAAGAAGCAGUGCCCCGACCUGGCGUGGCCGCUGUUAAACCAGGCGUGCGCCCUGGUUGGGGACGACGUGUUUGCCACUUCGCAACUGUUUCUGAACAGCGUCUUCACCGUUCUCUCGCCUGUCAACACCAGAGUGUACCCGCAGGUGCGGAGCACGCUGCUGAAAUAUCUUGCCGGCAUGGCAGCCAUCAAGCUGCAGUCCCCGCGGCAUCCCUUGGCCGUCAUCUGCCGCGAGAUGGCCAGGGAGGACAAUCAACUCGGAGAUGCAGCCGCGGUGUCGGAGGCGGCGUCGCAUCUGACGCUGGAGGUGUUGACCCAGACGGUGGGUCGCCACCACCACGCCACGUUCGCCGUGCACCGCUCGCUGGUCAGCCUGCUGCGGCGGUCCAAGCGGCUCGACGCGGCGAAGCGACAGGGCGAGAACCUGGUCGAGGCGACCGAACAGGCGCUAAGUCUGACUUUGGCACUAUCAUCAUCAUCGAUGGAUCCUGGCCAGGACAUAUACUACCACCACCACCAACACCGGCCCACGACUGCAGUCAUGACGGACCUAUGCAUCGCCCUCACCGAGCUGGUCCACGUGCACAAGGACCUCGGCCAGCCCACGGUGGCGCGCGCGCUGUGCUCGUCCGUCAUCCAGAACUACCAGCUCCUCCAGGGCGUGAACUUCCCGGACACGCGCGCCGCGUACGCGAUGGAGGACAUGGCCGAACUGGCUGAGUUAAGCGUGAGUAGCGAAGGAGAUGCUGGCGCUGGCGCUGGAGUUGAUACUGAUGCAGUAUACUGGCUCCGACGGGCGCUGGAUGCGUCGUGCAUGCUCCGCGGAGAGGGUGAUGCGGCCACGCUGCAUAUUCGGGAGAAACUGCGGGCGGUGACGGAGGGGGUCGUCGACACAUAG